GACCACCCUUGGAUCCGUCAGAGUGCCAAGCUAUGUGAUGAAGCUAUCCGAGACAUUACCAACGGGACCAACCUGGAGCUGUGGCUAAGAGGGCUACUACCAUCCACGUGGAACUCCGUACCGCCCCCGCCUUCAUGGGGCAUGCCUUGCCUGCCGUACUACAUCGACUGGGACGGGCCGACCGUCACGUUCGAGGGCAAGGUGAACUUCGAGGACCGCAUCGAGUGCAAGCUGGCCUUCCUGGACGGCUCGGCUUCGAGCUGCGACGCGCGCCUUGCGCGCGCGGGCUGGGGUGUCUACUUUGCCCAGUCCGCUGCCUGUGUGGAAAAUGACGACCCCGACACCCCUCGGCCAAGAGCUUGCGGGGGCUUAGACGGAGCCCAGACGGUCCCGUGUGCGGAGUUGGCGGCCCUCUGGUGGGCCUUAAAAAUGACAAAAGGGCCAAUCUGGCUCUACACGGGCAGCCAGAUCGUGUACGACGGUUGGCACGGUUCCUCGGACACCUCGGGAGAACUCAAAGGCUGGUGGAAGAGGGUCUUCACUGAAGAUCAAGGCAACGACCUGGCCGACAAAUUCGCCCAGCUAGGAGUUGAGCAGGUUUCAGCUGAAAUGGACCCAGAG